UAGGAUUCAGCCAUUCUUCUCUACCGCUACACCUUGACUUCCCACAUUUCCGCCAUGUAAAAGCGACCCCUAAACCCCACUCUCUUGCAUUUACAGGCCGAACCCAUUUCCCCUUUCCCUCCCAAUCCCCUAAAUCAUGUCUUUCAACAGAGAAAGAGAUGACCCUCUUUCCUUCGCCGCCGCAAACCCAUCUUCCUCUUCUUCUCCCGUCUCCGUUUCCGACCCUCGUGAUACCUUUCUCUCCGACCCAAAUUCCCACAUCGGAAGUGCCUCCGGCAGCUUCCAAAAUGAGGGUCUUCUCUCUGAUUUCACUGCCAAUAUCAGUGAUGCCGAGUUUGGAUUCUCUCGCCCUGAGUUCCGCCAGAGCCCACUUGCUGGAACUGUGGAUUUCUAUGACCGCCAUGUGUUUCUUUGUUACAAGAAUCCUCAGGUUUGGCCUCCUAGGAUUGAGGCUGCUGAGUUCGAUCGCCUCCCUAGGUUGCUCUCUGCGGCUGUAAUGUCGAGGAAGGGCGAUAUGAAGAAAGAAACCCGUUUAACAAUAUGUGAGGGGCACGACGGAACCGAGACAUCGAAUGGGGAUGUUUUGAUCUUCCCAGACAUGAUAAGAUAUAGGAGGUUGACCCAUUUUGAUGUUGACACAUUUGUUGAAGAAGUUCUUGUGAAGAAUGGUGAGUGGCAGCCUGGAUCUCCUGAAGCAUUGAAGGGUUCAUAUGUUUUUGUAUGCUGUCAUGGGUCCCGAGAUCGUCGGUGUGGCGUUUGUGGUCCUACAUUGGUCAGUCGGUUCCGAGAUGAGAUAAAAUUUCUUGGUCUUCAAAAUGAAGUAUCUGUUAGACCAUGCUCGCAUAUUGGAGGCCACAAGUAUGCAGGAAAUGUCAUUAUAUUUAGAUCAAAUGCCAAUGGAGAUGUCAGUGGGCACUGGUAUGGAUAUGUUUCCCCUGAAGACGUGUUUUUAUUGCUUCAGCAGCAUAUUGUGAGAGGGAACAUUGUAGACGAACUUUGGAGGGGCCAGAUGGGUUUAUCAGAGGAAGAACAGAAGCUGAGCCUAGAACGAAGACUUAGCAUAAUCAAUGGUUCAAAUGGCCCUAAAAGCAAUGAAGAGCCGACACAAAUCGAGACCAGUGAUCCGAACUCCGAUCACUAUAGCUCUCGUGUCGAUGUUGUAGCCUGCUGUCAGGGACGCGGAGAUGGUUACUCCUCGUGCUGUCAGAAUCCCAAACUCUCAGGAACAGUAAUCGAUUCAGAUACAAACGACGACGUUCCUCCAAACGUCGCAACUGCAAAGAGCAGCAACAGAAAACUAACCUCACGAACCAAUAGCAGCAAAUCAUCAUCAUCCCGUAAGGUUUGUGCAAUGCCAACAUGGCUCGAGAGCUGGGAACGCGAAGAUACAUACGCCGUUGCUGCUGUUAUCUGUGCUGCUGUGUCGGUUGCUAUUGCUUAUCGCUGCUACAAGCAGCUAUAAAAACAUCAAGGGUGUAGAAACUUCGUGUUUAAAUUUUGCUUGUGUUUGCAUGAUUUCGAGUCGCUCGUAGACGAGCGUAAGAUAUAUGAACUUAGGAUAAUCUUUUUUGUUUUUCCUUUGGAGAUCUUAUCAACUUAAUGUAAGUCAAGUCUCAGUGCAGAUGAAUGGAAAAUUAAAUUGAGUUCUUUAUGUAUAAAUGGAUAAUUGUGUGUUUCAA